AUGUCCGCCAAUGAGGUUAGUGAUAUCGCACUUCAUCUGGCUCUGUCAACUUAUAGGUAUACUACCUUGUAUGAGUACACUUUACGUACUCAAGGUGAUACCAGAACUGCAAUCAGAGCUGCUGCCACUUAUGAUAUUAAGACUGGAAGGCCAUUGGACAAGAUUGAUAAGGAUCAUAAGGGUGAAUAUACGGGUCCUGCCCUUGGUGGAUAUAACACUACAACCCCACAAGGAGAGCGUGUUGGAAUCGCUGGAUUUGGAGGAAUUGGUCAAGCUUUGGCAAAGCGGUUACAUGCAUUGGGCAUGGACGUUCACUAUUUCAAACGUCACAAACUUUCUGAAGAUGAAGAAAAUUCUGAUCCUUUGAAAGGAAUCCCUUUGACUUAUCACGACUCAUUUGAAUCUCUUGCAAAAGUUUCAGAUCUCCUUGCCCUCGCCUUGCCAUUGACAGAUGAGACUCGUCAUACCCUGAAUGAGGAGACAAUCAAACUACUUCCAGAUCGUGCGAAGGUUGUGAAUGUUGGACGGGGAGCCCUUAUUCAUGAAGAUGCCCUUGUACAAGCCUUGAAAUCAGGAAAAGUUGCCUCUGCUGGCCUUGACGUUUUCGAAUAUGAACCGGAAGUACACCCUGAAUUGUUAAAACGUCUCGAUGUCACUAUUUUCCCACACAUAGGUGGAAGAACCCCUUCUUCGGCUGCCCGAGCGAUUGAGAACUGCUUCCAAAACUUGAAAAAUAUUUUAGUUGAUGGUGGAACUGGCCUCACUCCAGUUAGAGAUUAA